UAUCAGGUUCCUUCACUCGAACCCAUCACCAACGGUUCUACGGCAAUUGCAGCAUCUCCCUCAACCCGCAACCUCCACCUCACCUCGAACACAACAAAUCCGAUGGUCCCCCAGAACAGGGUCCCCAACCCUGGACAGACCCUUCCGCCUCCCCCACCACCACCUUGAGAGCAGCAACACAGCAGCACCACGCACCCCAACCUCACAAUCAACCAACCAACUAACCAACCCACCUAUUUCCUCAGCAUACAAAAUGACCUACCCCUCCACCCCGACCCCCUCGGGGUUCCCCCCCUCCUCCUCCGGCCUAUCCUCCACCACCUCCCCAUUCACAACCCCACUCACCCAAAACACCGCCCCGGUCAUCAAACACCGCUGCCUCUUCACGCACGACACGCGCCGCAAGGCCAAACGCUGGCAGGACGGGUACCUGCGCUACCACACCUUCAACAAACGCAUCAUGGCCUACGACACGAGCGGCAACUUCAUCGGCGAUCUGCACUGGCGCCAGGACGCGGCCGUGCAGGACGGCGACGAGCUCGAGCUGGAUCGCGGCGUCUUGGUGCAGGUCUGUGAGGCGGUGGGGCGGUCGGAGACGGAUCUGGGGGCUGUGCUGUCGCAUUCAUAUCCCAAUUCGCAUUUGAAUGGGGUGGCGGGUGGAGGGAAUGGGAAGAGGGGGUUUGGUGCUGCAAGUACGCAGGGUUCGUUGGCGGGGUCACAACAGCAGCAGCAGCAGUCUAUGCGGUCUUUGAAUGAUUUGCUGGGGAUAAAGAAGACAACACCGGCUUUGGGGGGAACGGGCUCGGGUUUGGCGACUUCGGGGUUGGCUGCGACGCGAGUUAUGCAAGGUCCGGAGCGCGGGGCCGGAGAGCUGUCGGCUGCGCGUGCUGCGAAACGGCAGAGGGUUGACGGGUCGGGUCUGGGUUUGGGUUCGGGUGCUGUGGAAGGAGGAUUGUUCGCGCUGCAGCAGGUCCCUACUCGUCGUGUACUGGCUCAGCCGGUUCAGCCUCGACCGCGGCCGGCGGUCGUGGACCUGACGGGUUCGUCGACUGCGCUGGUGACGAAUCCAGCUGCUACCGCUACCGCUACAUCCACAAGGCUGCAGAGCCACGAUCUUGAACGACAAAGAGCCGACUCGAGGACAAGUGUACAAGCGAAGAGCAUGUCUCGCGAAGAGGGGAGUACUAUUCCUCAACGACAAGCAUCGCGCAAAGAAGGCAGCAAUCCUCCACAGCUACCGUCGUCACGCAAAGAGAGCAGCUACCCUCUACCACAACGACAAGCAACCCGCAAUGCGAACAGCAAUCCUCCACAACUACCGUCGUCACGCGAAGAGAGCAACUCAGCGCCAGAAGAGCCACCCGUCCUUCUCCGACUCUCGACCAGCAAACGACGCAAGAAACUCAUGUACUCGGCCCUACUCCCCGGUGGGGGUGGAAAAGUCGCCAAACCAGCUUCAUCCGCACCAGCCCCAGCCCCAGCCCCAGUACCAGCACCACCCAGAAACAACAAAAACCCUCCACCCCCCGCACAACCACCCACAACCACCACCGCCACUCCACCAAAACCCCACGACUUCACCCCCUCGACCUCAACCCAAACCAUCCUCAACGACCUAAUCACCGCACCACCACGCGUCCCACCCAACCCAAGAAACCACACUCCCACAACCACAAAACCAAACACAAACCCCCUCAACCCCAUUAACCGCAACCCAAGAUCGAACAUCCCAACGCACACCAGCCUCCGCAAGUCCUACUCCGACCCCACCGCCCUAGCCACCACCACCACUGUCCACAGAGCCAACCAUACAACCAUCCCAGACCCCGCCGGCGACGACCCCUUCGACCAAGGGCCCUGGACCCGCGAGGCCCUGGAUCUCUUUGAUUUCUGGCCGGCGGGGCGGGCGAAGCCUGUUUAGUUGACCCCCAUUUAAUGCCUCAAGUUGUUUGGGGUUGAUGAGAGAGGAUGAGAUGGGGGCUCGGUGGGUAAUAGAAGCGGAGCUGUACGGCUAUAUAUGCAGCAUGCCCUGCCCUGUCCUGUCCUCUGCAAGGUGCAUGUGGAACGGAUGUGGUUGGUGGAUGAAGACAUUCUCUUCUUCUGCAGGAGGGCGUUGUUUACUCUUAUACUAUUUUUGUUUUUGUUUUUGUUUUUCCUAUGGUUUGAUGACCUAUGAUACCCUUUUGCAUUGAUUACGAUGAUAUAUUAUAUCUGUGUAUACAUCCAACCAGCCAUACCACAAUACCUUGAAUUACGAAUAUAC